CGCACAGGGAUAAAUUCUCUGGGGAUGAACACAGAUAUCUUCAGAGGCCCAGGCCAGCCGAACAAUCAAGCUGAGCAGAUCAGAGCCAAAUCCAGUAAACGUCAUGACUGGGCAAAGACGCCGUCGCAGCCACUCUAAGCGUAGGAGACCAUCUCUCUCCCGUUCCACAAGAGCAGAGCUGCAGUUUCCCGUGAGCCGGGUGGACCGUCUCCUGCGGGAGGGGAACUAUGCCCAGCGCCUGAGUUCAUCCACACCUGUUUUUCUCGCUGGUGUUCUCGAGUACCUGACGGCCAACAUCCUGGAACUGGCGGGCAACGAAGCCCACAACCACCACAAGAUGCGCAUCACCCCAGAACAUGUGGAGACAGCACUGGACAGCAACCCGCAGCUCAGCCGCCUCUUGAAUGAUGUGACCAGAUCACAGAUGGAUGAUAAGCCCCGAUCAACGAAGAAGUGAUGAUGCCCGUGUCCCAGAGCCUGGUGGGAGCCCUCACGGCCUCAUCCAGCCCCCAAACCACUCAACAGUGAAGGUGUCCCAUGUUCGUAUCAUCAGCAAAUGCUAUUAAAGGGUACAUUCAUGAAUUUCUGACUCCUCUCAUGUUCUGUCAUUUUGAAUUGGAGGUGUCUGUGAAACAUCCAAGGGGAGAUACCCAUUGAUAGUUGGGGGAAUAGAAGGUGGUGGUCAGUGUGGGCUGUUUGAAUCAGUGAUUUCAGAGAGGGGCAUUUUCUAAUGGCAACAGUGCAGGGAGUGGCCCUGGGUGGGCUGAGGUGGCUGAGGUGGGGGUGUGGGGAUAGAGGAGACUUCCUCAUGGGUUCUGAGAAGGUCAAAGCCAUACAAGGUCAGGAUGUUAGCUGGGGGCCUCCUUGUUGGUAUGAUGAAGUGCCCAGAAUGUUGGUAAGACUGAAGAUAGAGCUGAAGACCACGGCCGAGGUGCAGAAGGCUUUAUUCAUGACAGGGAAUGUUGAAACGUCAAAAGGUUAUGGCAACGGGGGUGGGGUGGAGAAGGUGGCAUAUUGGUUGGCAUGAACUUACUGGGGCUUUUACAUGAAGACUGAGAAGUGAUGGAAACGAUAAAGAAACAUAAAAGGAAGUGUGGUCAUGCUGAAAAAAAAAUUUUUUUUUUAUUAUUUAUUCCCUGCCUCACUCCACAAAAAGACUUGGGGCAGGGAUUAUUAGUCAGUGCUUAGACCCUUCCUGUGGAGCAUAUCGUUCUGUUCUCUCUGUGGACACUGGGAAAUUAAAGAGUAAUGUUAUAUAUAAGCUACUAUCUGAACUAAGAUGACACGCAAUUCAGGCAGUUAACAACGGUUCUUAAAUAUCACUGAACUUAACUUAUAAAUAUAUUUCAUUGAAAACACAAUGGUCAAUACUGUUCUCAGAUGAAACACCAAAUCUGUCUAAUCAUGUAUUUGAUAGAGCUACAGUUAUUAAAACAUACCUCUUAAAACACAGCUGAAUGUAUGUUUUAAGAGGUAUAAGUGUAUUCUAUAUAAAUUCUGUCCCAAGUGGUAGACUCAAAAACAGGGACAAUUCGUACAAACUAUCUUAUGUGGUGUCUUAAUUUAAAAAAUAGGUGUCCCAUUAAGUGUUG